CACGUCAUGACGUCACAGCAUUUGGUUCAACCGCGCCGUUGUGAGCAAAAACGUGAACAUGAGCUCCGCGUGGUGCCGGACGCAGUCGGACCAGCAACCUCAGCCUUCACCCUCCGACGGCGGGGAAUGCCGCGAAAGAACCGUGUCGCUCUCCGACAGCGGGAGUGGAGAAGAUUCCCUACAGGGCCUCCCGUGCCGCAUGCCUCGCUGCUGCCCCCUCACACCCUCGUCCUCCCAAAAGCGCACCACCAACCAGUCGCAGACGAAGCCCCCGCUGCUGAGGACCAGCAAGAGGACCAUCUACACAGCUGGCAGGCCCCCUUGGUACAACGUCACCGGGACCACGUACGAGGAGGCCUUUGUAAUUGGUCUGUGUGGAGGAAGUGCUUCUGGGAAAACGACAGUCGCCAAUAAGAUCAUUGAUGCGCUGGACAUUCCUUGGGUGGUUCUGCUCUCCAUGGACUCAUUCUACAAGGUACUAAGCAAAGAAGAACAGGAGCUGGCGGCCCGAAGCGAGUACAACUUCGACCACCCCGACGCCUUCGACUUUGAGCUAUUGGUCAACGUCCUGCGAAAGCUGAAGGAAGGAAAAAGCGUCAAAGUCCCCGUGUAUGACUUCACUUCUCACUGCAGACGCAAAGAAUGGAAAACUGUGUACGGGGCCAAUGUCGUCAUCUUUGAGGGCAUCCUGGCCUUCGCCAACGAGGAACUGCUGAAGCUGCUGGACAUGAAAGUGUUUGUGGACACCGACUCGGACAUUCGGCUCACGCGCCGGCUGAAGCGGGACGUGUCGCAGCGGGGGCGGGACAUCGCCGGCGUCAUCAAGCAGUACAACAAGUUCGUCAAGCCGGCCUUCGAGCAGUACAUCGAGCCCACCGUGCAGCUGGCCGACAUCGUGGUGCCCCGAGCGGGCGACAAUUUUGUGGCGCUGGAUUUGAUCGUUCAGCACGUUCACAGUCAGCUGGAGAAGCGGGAGAUCACUGUGAGGUCUGCUCUGGCGUCGGCUCACCAAGGUCAGCCUCUGCCCGACACCCUGAGCGUCCUGAAGAGCACGCCGCAGGUGCGCGGCAUGCACACCAUCAUCAGGAACAGGGAGACCAACCGCGACGAGUUUGUCUUCUACUCCAAAAGAUUAAUGAGGCUCCUGUUCGAACACGCCCUCUCCUUCCUGCCCCUCAAGCCCGUAACCGUGGAGACGCCUCAGGGCGGCAUCUAUCACGGCAGGAGGCUGAGCGGUAAACGAAUCACAGGCGUGUCCAUCCUGAGGGCAGGCGAGACCAUGGAGCCGGCGCUCAGGGCCGUGUGCAAAGACAUCCGACUGGGGAAAAUCCUCAUCCAGACCAACCUCGAGACGGGUGAACCCGAGCUGCACUAUCUGCGGCUGCCCAAAGACAUCAGCGAGGAUUUUGUCAUCCUGAUGGACAGCACCGUGUCCACCGGGGCCGCCGCGCUCAUGGCCGUCCGAGUGCUGCUGGACCACGACGCGGCCGAGGAGAAGAUCUUCUUGCUGUCGCUGCUCAUGGCCGAGAUGGGCGUCCACUCGGUGGCCUACGCCUUCCCCAAAGUGCGCAUCAUCGCCACCGCCGUGGACAAGGAGGGAGGAAGUGACGAAAGCGUAAUCGCGUGUGGCCUUCACGAUUGUCGGAGAUCAUCCCGUGGCGACUGUCGUGGGUUUGAAAGUCCCGUUUAGCAGACGGUUCUUGCACAAAAUUCUCCAUUUGUUGUCAAUGUUUGUGUUGUGCGGUGGUGGCGACAGUGAGGAUGGCGGGCCUGUGGCGGUCCUACCAGGCCCUGAUGGCAAGACGCCCGUGGACGGUGCAAAUCGUGACCGCC